AUGCCGGCUCCAGUGCUCAACAAAUCCAAAAAUAAGCUCAUAGCGGGCGUUGAUUAUCAUAUAUUGCCAGUUACCCAUGGGACAGGCAAGGGACUCUCCCUUUCCAUCUCCAGGAACAAGUCCUGCCCUCUUGAUGUUGUCCAGGAUGAGUACGAGGGAUUCCACGGUCUCCCCCCGACUGUUUGGAAGCUUGACAGUUUCGAUUACUUGACAAAACAGUGGUUUGUGAUGAGUAAUGGGGUUGAAGGCAACUCGGGUCGUGAAAUGACUAGCAACUCGUUUAAGAUCAAGAAAUACUAUGAUGAUUACAAGUUUCUUUUCUAUCCUAUGGUGUGCAGUUCUUGCAAGGCUUUGUGCAAAGAUAUUGGGAUUUAUAUUGUGUAUGGGAAAAUGAAUUUGGCUCUAAGUGAUGUGCUGUUGAAGGUUAUGUUCAAGAAAUCUCCCUAG